AUGAGAGUACGUGAUAGAGAAGGAGAAUUUUCGGAAUUGCUGUUAAAGCUUGGUAGUGGAACAGUACCUGUCAAGGAGGAAGAUCCUUUCAAAGGAUAUGCUCAUCAAGAUGAUUAUGCUAAACGUGUCAUUUUAACACCCACUAAUGUGGAUUCAUUGUCAAUCAAUGAAGAAGUGCUUGAAGGUCUAAAUGGAGAGGUCAAAACUUAUUUAAGUGCUGAUCAGAUAGAGAUUGACGAUCUUAAUGAAAUAAAUAAUUUCCCUGUUGAGUUUUUGAACAGCUUAACUCUUUCAGGUAUGCCUACUCAUUGUUUAAAAUUGAAAAUUGGUUGUGUGAUUAUGCUACUAAGACAUUUAGAUCUUAAAGCUGGGCUAUGUAAUGGCACUCGAAUGAAAGUUUGUGUUCCCCAAAACAAUUAUAUUGAUGCAGAAGUUUUGACAGGUGUUUCUGAAGGUAAACGAGUAUUUGUUCCUAGAAUCCAGUUGGCACCGUCGGAUUUUAUUUUACCUUUUUUUCUUAAACGUCCCAAGUUUCCGGUUCGAUUGGCAUAUUCUAUGACAAUUAAUAAAAUUCAAGGUCAAACGUUUGAUAGAGUUGGUGUUUAUUUUAAAAAACCUUGUUUUUCUUCUUGUCAAUUAUAUGUAGCGUGUUCAAGAACAAGGGCGUUUAAUAGUUUGUUUUUUAAAGUUGAUAAACACCCUAUUCAAGGUAAGGCAGGUGAAAAAUGUUACACAGAUGUUAUAUUUUCGAAAGUUCUUAACUUAUAUUCUUUAGAUUUUCAUUUCACAAAAAGUUGA